AUGUACUUACAUCUAAAAGUUCACCAACAGUUCAACUUUGUACACGUCCGCCCGGUGAGCCGCAGCAUCCUCUCUGCUGGACCACCGCCCCUUUUCGUCGUCGUCAUCAUCAUCAGGUGUGUUGCAGGUGACCUCAGUGGGGGAGAUCUUGGUCUGGGGGCGAUACCAGGAAGAGAGGCAGAGUUUAAAGAAGGUUUGGCUCAGGCCAUCAAGUUGGCAAAAGCGUUGGACUGCAAAAGGAUCCACCUGAUGGCCGGCAAGAUUCCCAAGGGGGCGCAGAGAGGCGAUGUCGCCAAGGAGAUGGAGGCCAUCUUUGUCCAGAACCUCACCUACGCCGCUGAGCUCCUCUCCAAGGACGGAAUUGUAGGCUUGAUCGAGCCCAUCAACACGCGGCUGACUGAGCCUAGGUAUUUCCUGGAUUCGCCCCAUCAAGCCGCCGCCAUCCUGCAAAAGGUCGGAAAGGCGAAUAUCCAACUGCAAAUGGAUGUUUUUCAUUGGCAAAUCAUGGAUGGAAACCUGACACAUAACAUGCACAAGUAUUUGCCACUGAUCGGUCAUGUUCAGGUGGCUCAGGUUCCGGGCAGGAAUGAACCGGACAGCGCUGGAGAGCUCAACUACAACUACAUCUUCACCACGCUGGAGGAGCUGGGCUACCAGGGCUAUGUGGGCUGCGAGUACAAGCCACGAGGAAGCACACAGGAGGGUUUGGGUUGGCUAAAGGAUUUCUGGAACAACAGGAAGUGAUGUCACAGAAUUCUUAACAAUAAUGAAUGAAAAACAACAAUACUAUACAAAAGCCAAUGUCAUAGUUUUUUUUGGAAAGAACCAAAAAGUUUAAUUUGUGUGAUUUUAUUUUGUGUAUAAAGUAUCCUGUAUAUACACGCUAUGUAGGACAGUGCUUCUAUCUUACAGUGUUCAUUUCUGCACCUGUCACAUGAUAACUCUCCAGUGUUUGACAUCCGAAUGUGAGCCUCAAACAAAAGUGACUGUUGUCCUUAAGUUCGUUUGCCUCCCUGCGCUUCAUCAAUCACGUGGCAAAGUUGGAGUUAAAAGUCCAUUUGAUAAAACUUUAAAAAAAAAAAAAAAAAAGGCACUUGAGGUCACAUGAUGCAUGCAGUAGGCUUGACAAGCAUGGACUGAAAUCUGAGACCAAAUACUGAUGUGGUAUCUCACAAGGCACCAGCAAAGUGUUCCAUUUCAUCACAGUCUGUCAGUCCAAAGUGUGGAGUCCAAAGCUGCAAAGCUUUUUACACCUCAUCAGUCACUCCGCAGCUGGAUGAAGCUUUUCUCAUCUACUGACGCUCGCCACACUCGCAGCUCAAAGU